GUGGCAUUAACUUCUAAAAAAAACUCGUCACCUCCAGUAUUACUCUGGCAAGGAGAAGUUAAAGCAAGGAUUGUUGAAUAUCAUCGAGGAAGAAAGGGUUCCAUUUAGAGUUUGAGAACAAACACGGUAGUAGGGAAAGAUAGGAAGAUGAUGCCGAGAUUGGUAGUACUCCUCCUGGGAUGCUGUCUGGUGGCUGUCGGCUCUAUGGCAGCAGAACCAAUUGAAACCCAGGAACAGAUUUGGACAUUCAUGAAGAAAUAUGGCUAUAUCACUGAGAACGACAUGGUGAAUGGAAUGCCAAAAGAUGAGGAAACCAAGACAAAAUCCAUUACAUACUUCCAGAAAAUGGGAAAUAUGACGAUGACAGGAACCCUUGAUGAAGAGUCCAUGGAGCUGAUGAACACACCUCGCUGUGGCAUGAAAGACAUGGAAUCCUUUGCCGAUAUGAUGAGAAGAAAACGGUAUGCCCUGGGUCCGAGGUGGCGCCAGACCGACCUGACGUGGAAUAUCCUGGAAGACAGCGAUGAUCUACCCCGUGCGCAAGUAGAGAGUAUCAUGGCACGAGCUUUCAAGGCUUGGAGUGACGUCUCCACUCUAACUUUCCGCAAAGUGACGACGAAUGAGCCUGACAUCAAGAUAAUCUUCGCUGCGGGUGAACACGGGGAUGGGAUAGAGGCCAGGUUCGAUGGUGGUGGUGGUGUUCUAGCGCAUGCGUAUUUCCCCUCCUCAAGCUCACUUGGAGGCGACGCACAUUUCGAUGAAGGCGAGAUGUUCACGGAAGGCACCUCUAGAGGAAUCAAUCUUUUCCAAGUCGCUGCUCACGAGUUUGGUCAUAGUCUUGGUCUCAGACACUCUGAUAUCGAGGAUGCCCUUAUGUUCCCAUACUACAGAGGAUACGUACCAAACUUCCAGCUUCAUCGAGAUGAUAUUGCUGGUAUUCAAGCUCAUUACGGAGAAGGAAACGGGCAGCCAGAAGAGCCAGACACGCCCUCUACGCCAUUGGACAACUGCAUGCCUCAGAUUUCUCUGGCGACACGGACGGAAGAUGGCAGUGCCUACUUUGCUAAUGAAACGCACGUGUUCCGUCGAACGAGUGAAAACGUAAUUCCUGCCGGUUAUCCGAAGAGAAUAGGUGACGAAUUCCCCGGUCUUCCAACCAACCUAGACGCUGCUAUCUUUUAUUCUCCAUACACCUACUUUUUCAAGGGAAGUCAAUAUUGGCGUUUUCGAGACCAAGAAAUGGCUGGCACUUAUCCGAGACCGAUGUCCGCCUGGCGGGGUGUACCAACCGAUGUUGAUUCGGCUUUCGUAUGGAGCCGCAAUGGUAGAAUCUAUUUUACUAAAGGAGAUCAGUACUAUCGCUACACUGGUCAAGAAAGCUCAUUCUACCCACAACCCUUGAGUCAUUUUCGUGGGCUUCCAAGUGAUGGUGUAGAUGCCGCCUUUCAGUAUAGCAACUCUAUUACUUAUUUCUUCAAGGGGUCAGAUUAUUACCGGUUUAACGAUCGCGCUGUCGAGGUGCAAAGCGGAUAUCCGCUGAAUACGGCUAUCCAAUGGUUAGGCUGUGAUCCGAAUGAGCUACUCCUUGGCGAUGCGACCGCAAUGGUUCCUUCGAUGGUCGCUGUUCUCUUCUCUGCUCUUUCUGCUCUUUAUUAUGCUUUUUAAAGUCAUUUUUAGAAUGGAGUGCAUAAAGUUUCAGCAUCAACCAAAGUAAAAAUAUUCUUAUCAUAUUGAUAUAUUGUACAUUCUGCUUCUCUUCCAUUUUACUUUGUUCAUCAAGAAGUGAAACCUCCCGAAUCUGUUAUUAGUAACUCGUAUUAUAAUCAAAUAUUCAGCGAAAUAGAGUCUUGAUUCCCCCCCCCCCCUCUCUCUCUCUCUCUCUUCCCAUACCUCCAAAGAACAAGUUAUGUCUCAUUUUUAUCCAUUGAAUCAAAUCUCAAGUAGCCUAACUCCUUUAACUUGCCACUGUACACUUCAAGAAAAAACUAUCCAUUCUUCAAUUAUUAAAAAAUGUAAAAUUAUAACGUAGUUAGAAAUGUCUGAUGGAUAAGCUCAUACCCCUGUAUAAAGUGCUCAAAGAUCAGUUACCAUAUAUUAUUUCACGGCUGCCAUAAAGUGUAAAUAUCAUUAUCAGCAUACAAGUCAUAAUUUAAUAAGCGCUCCAAACACACACGCACUCGCACACACACAUGCACUCGCCCACACACUUGCACAUACAUAAAUAAGAACAUGAAUAAAACGUUUACCAGAAGACAUACACUUACAUAAUAUACAGGUUACACAAUACAAACACUAAACGCAUUUCAUGUUAUGCCUGAAGAAAUGACUUACUACAUUAUAUGGCUGUUGCAAUGAAUUGGUUUCUGAAUAUACUAUAUGUUAUAGGUUUGGUCGCCCAUAUAAUUUUCCUGACCUGAGGCCGCCAUCACGUUCAAGAUCAGCUUAAAGCCUCGGUCACAAUGCCAUUACGAACUGCUACGAACGCCGUACGAACGAUUUUCAGACAAUGACAAUUCAGGAAGUCAAUGGGAAAACAGGAAGCGAUUCGUACGAACCUUUGUGACCGUAGCAUAAGAUGACGGUCUUCUGCGUUUUUCAGUUUUGAAAUCAUUUGUAAACUUCGUUUUUUGAAAGGUAUAAUUAUUUCAUUUAAUUAUAUUAUGAUAUGAUUAUAUAUGUAUUUUAACUUUGUUUAAAUGAUAUCUAUGUAUUUAGUUUGUAUAUUACUUUCUAUUAUGUUGAAAAAUGCAGAAAUAAAAUCAAACAAAGAGACAAACAAUAA